AUGUUUCGAAGACCUCUUUAUUUCGUUCUUGCGACGGCGUUUGCCUACAUAGCAUACUUAUUCGCUGGAUCAGUCACACAAAGUGAAAAGAACACCACUAAAAAACUUGGAGAGUGGCCUGGCAAGAAUAAUACCGUCUUGUUUCUUACAAAUAGCGAACAUGGAUUGGCGAAUGUUAUGUUGGCAACUAGUCAUGCUUUACUUGUGGAACACAAUGAUCUCGAUAUUCAUUUCGUGUCGUUUGAAAAGUUAAAGCAUGACAUUACGACAAUUUCUGAAUUUGCAGCGAAGAACUCAAAGAGUGAGAGAGCUAUUACUUUCCAUGAGUUGAAAGGGCCAUCAUUUUCAAAAGCAAUAGAGGAUAGUGGAAUUGGUAUUGAUCAAGUGAUUCAUGCACCUGGUCUCGCCGGAUUGGGGAAGUUCUGCGGUAAUAUGCAACACUGGUUGAUGCCAUGGACAGCCACUGAUCAUCUUGGUCUCUAUAAUGAGAUAUCUGAUAUACUGAAGACAGUGGAUCCGAUUGUCGUGGCGGUAGAUCCAUUAUUUGGACCCGGUAUCGAUGCUGUGCGAGCUCAAGGACGCAAUCAUGCUAUCAUUUCACCAAAUUCUCUCAAGGAUAAUUUCGUACAAUUGCAACCUAUGGCUGCCGCGCUAUGGAAAUAUCCAGCUUCCCAAGAACUCGACUUCCCUUUCGACAUCAUCCCGAAAAAUAUCAUACAAUGCGGUCCCAUUUAUCUCUCCACCGCCCCCGCCUCAGAACAAGACCCCGAACUAACCGAAUGGCUAAAAAUAUCCCCAACCAUCCUAAUCAAUCUAGGAAGUUCAGUAAACUACGAUGAGCCAGCCGCAACAGAAAUGGCAAAAUCCAUUAAAAUCCUCCUCGAAAACUCCACCAUCCAAGUCCUAUGGAAAUUCAACAAACGCCACGAAUUCAGCGAUCAAUUUCUCGAUAUCCUAUCUUCCGAUCUCCAAUCCCAACGUGUAAAAAUCACAAAUUGGAUAAAAGUAGAUCCGGCCGCUUUAUUAGAAACGGGAAAUAUUAUCCUUUCAGUUCAUCACGGAGGCGCAAAUUGUUUCCACGAAGCAAUCGGGACGGGAAUUCCUCAAGUCGUUUUACCGAUGUGGGUGGAUUUGUAUGAUUUUGCAAUUCGUGUUGAGUUUCUAGGUGUGGGGGUAUGGGGUAGUCGAGGUGUAGCGCCUUAUUGGAAGGCGGAAGAACUGAGUAGUGUAUUUUUGAAACUAGUAGGAGAUAGCGAAGAAGCUAUUUCGAUGCGAAAAAGAGCGUUGGAAUUGAGUAGACCAUGGAAAGAGAAACCAGGCCGAGUAACUGCAGCUCAUGAACUGGCGAAGUUGGCACGAUUAGCUCCAAUAUCGUAA